CGAUUGGUUGAUUGUUGGUCCUUGAUUAUUGAUCAAUGUUUAGAUUGAAGGUCUAAAUUGUUAUUAAAUCUGAUUGUUGUUCCUUCCUAAUUGUUGUAUAUCAUUAAUAUUAACAUAUUGAUAAUGAUUUUGUUUUUCGUUGUUGAUUAUAAAUUAUUAUUAUUUUAAAUCAAAUCGAUAACAAUUUAGAUUAAUCUGAAUAUAAUUGAGGCAAUGAAAAUAUUAUCAUCAUUAAAUUGUCAAUUCCAAGGUAAAUUUGGUGAUGUUUAAUUGUUUACUAGUCUAUCAUUUGGUUUUACCUUAUUUUUGAUCAUGUGGACAAUUAAUUGUUACCUUUUCAUCAAUUUGUUAAUUUUGAUUAAAUGUAAUAAUUAUAAUGAUUACAUUGUGAUCUCAGUGGUUCCUAGAAACGAAUUGGAAAUUGAUUUUAUCAACAAUUUAACUGAUUCUAAGCAAGCUGAAUAUUGGUUUUCAUCAGCGACACUAAAUCAACCAGUUAAAUUGUUAUUAAAAUCAGAAAAUCAACAAUCAGUGUUGAUUAAAUUACUCGAGAGGAAAGUAAUUCCCAAUUAUGUAGGAAAAUUGAUCAGUGAACAUCAAAGGACAGUUAAUGAGAAAAAUGAGACAAUUAAUGGUGACAAUUUAUUCCGAUCUUAUCAUCGACUUUAUGGAAUCGAAAAUUAUCUGAGAAAUUUGGUCACUCGAUUUCCAGAGAAAGUAAUUGUCUCAUCAUUCGGAAAGUCUUUCGAAAAGCGAAACUUGACCUUAGUUCGGAUUAGCGAAUCUUUAAUUUCUCAUAAAAAUACCACUCGAAGACGAAACAGGUCAAAGCCCGUGAUCUAUAUUCAGGGCGGAAUACACGCAAGAGAAUGGAUCAGUCCAGCGACGGUCAUUUACCUGGUUAAUUAUUUCACCCAAUUUAGUGACUCAGAUCCAACAAUCAAACGACUUUUAAACUACUUUGAAUUCUGGUUUGUUCCGAUCGUUAAUCCCGAUGGUUAUGAAUAUACACAUACCCAUGAUAGAUUUUGGAGGAAAACAAGAUCAGUAAUCAAUGAGAAUGAUCCUUGUGUCGGUGUUGAUCCGAACCGAAAUUUUGAUUUCUAUUGGGGAGUUGUAGGAAUCAGCGAUGACCCUUGUAGUGAAAUCUACCCUGGACCGAAGCCUAAUUCUGAGCCUGAAGUGGCAGCGAUCGUCAAUUUAAUUAGUCCAAAUGCCAAGAGAAUCAAAGCUUUUCUUGAUUUCCAUUCGUAUAAUCAAAGUUGGUUAAUCCCUUUUGGAUUUAGUUCCCAAAAGUCCAAAGACUUUGCAGAUCUGGAACGAAUUGCCAAAAAAUCCACCAAUGCUUUGGCUUUGAUCCAUGGAACCAAAUAUUCAGUUGGAAACAAAGCUAAACUACUUUAUUCUGCCUCUGGAAUAGCUGAUGAUUGGGCUAAAGGAGUUGCCAAAAUUAAAUAUUCAUUUACAAUUGAAUUAAGUGAUAAAGGUGAGUUCGGAUUUCUAUUACCACCGGACAGGAUAAUUCCUGUUGGUCAAGAAAUUACCGAAGCAAUUAAAGUGUUCAGUCUGGAAUUAAUGAAAGAAAUUAAUCAACGACGAGUUAACAGAAAGAAAAUCAAAAACAAUCAACACCAUUGAUCUCACAAUCA